AUGUCUCUCUCUAAAGUAGCAAGCGUGCUGCUGGCCUCAGUUUCGCUGGUCGCGGGCCACGGCUAUGUCUCAAGUAUUGAGGUCGAUGGUACCACUUAUGGUGGCUACCUGGUCGACACUUACUACUACGAGUCCGACCCCCCCGAACUGAUCGCCUGGUCCACCAAUGCAACGGAUGACGGCUAUGUCGCCCCUACUGCGUACGACAGCUCCGACAUCGUCUGCCAUCGUGGCUCUGCGCCUGGUGCGCUCUCCGCUCCGGUGGCUCCCGGUGGAACUGUCAAAAUGACCUGGAACACCUGGCCCGACGAUCACCAUGGCCCCGUCAUUACCUACCUGGCCAAGUGUAGUGGCUCGUGCUCCGACGUCGAUAAGACCUCACUGGAGUUCUUCAAGAUCGACGCUGGAGGCUUGAUCGAUGACACGGAUGUCCCCGGCACAUGGGCUUCGGACCAGCUGAUCGAUGACAGCUUUAGCCGCAGCGUCACCAUCCCCACUGAUCUUGAGGCGGGCUACUAUGUCCUGCGCCACGAGAUUAUUGCUCUUCAUGGCGCUGAGGACCUAGACGGUGCGCAGAACUAUCCUCAGUGCAUCAACUUGCAAGUCACCGGCAGCGGUACCGCAACGCCCAGUGGUACUCUGGGUACGGCCCUUUACAAGGACACGGACCCUGGUAUCUACGUCAAUAUCUGGCAGAGUAUCAGCUCCUAUACCAUUCCUGGCCCCUCUCUCUAUACCGCUGGAAGCACGGCUACUGCAACAGCAGCGGCGGCUGCUACCACGACCACGUCAACCACCCCCGCUGCCAUCACCACCCCACCCACUGAGGUCGCGGUCGAGACGAGCGCCGCCGUGGCACCAUCUAUUCCAUCCCAGACGACUCAGAUCGCUUCUUCAACGACAACGACGGUGGCUGACGACGUGGCUAGCACGGCCUCUUCAGUCUCGUCUACUACCUCGGGUGUCCUCAGUGGUUCUUGCAGUGACGAGGGUGCCUGGUACUGCAACGGUGGCACAGCCUUCCAGCGCUGCGUGAACGGACAGUGGGAUGCAUCGCAAAACAUGGCCGCUGGCACCGUGUGCACAGCUGGUAUUUCCGACACUCUGACUAUUUCUGCUGCCAAGGUACGCCGCAACACCCGUUCCCUUCGCCAUCGUCGGGCCCACGGUCAUCGCCAGUAG